AAUCAGUGUCCUGCCGCCGCCCCUCGCCCCCCGCCGCCGCACCACGCGAUGUCUACGCCGCCGCCGCCGCUGCCGCUGGUAGAGGAUCUGAUUCGCGAGGUCCUCCUCCGCCUCCCGCCCGACGACCCGGCGUGCCUCCCGCGCGCCUCGCUCGCCUGCAAGGCCUGGCACCGCAUCCUCACCGACGCCCGCUUCCUCCGCCGGUACCGUGAGCACCACCGAGCGCCUCCCAUGCUGGGCUUCCUCCGCAACACCGACGGCCGCGGCGAUUUCUCCUACACCCACGUCGCCCGGUUCAUCCCCACCUCCUCCUUCCGUCCGGCCGUCGACACCCGCCGCGGCCUGUACGCCAUCGCGGCCCGCCACGGCCGCGUCCUCCUCCACACCGACCCGUACGCCGGCCCCCCGUCCCUCGUCGUCUGGGACCCCGUCACGGACGAGCAGUGCGACGUGCCGCCCUUGCCAGAGGCCGCGCAGUCCCGGGUCUGCUUCAACGCCGUGGUGCUCUGCGCCGCCGCCGGCUGCGACCACCUCGACUGCCACGGCGGGCCCUUCGCCGUGGCCUACGUGGGCCUGCCCGACCAGGACCGUUCCACCUUCGCCUGCCUCUACUCGUCGGAGGCUGGUGAGUGGGGCGAGCCAGCGAUGUUGGAGGAAGCCGCCGCCACCAGCGUCAAAAGUCCCGGCGUUCUUGUGGGUAAUGCAGUCUACUUCACCUGCAUACAUCAGGUCACGCCGCGGAUCGUGGAGUACGACAUGGGCAGGGGUGAACUGUCGGUGAUCGACCUGCCGUCGACGCACCGGUGCCAGCCCGGUGCUGUGCUCACCGUGACGGAGGACGGCAAGCUGGGGUUUGCCGGCCUGCUCAGGUUGAGUCUCUACCUGUGGUCUCGAGAGGCCGGCCCUGACGGAGCAGUGGCAUGGACACAACGCAGAGUCAUCCAGCUUGACAAGAUGCUCUUGCAUUUUCAUCUUGGCACAGUAGCUGUGUGGCAUGUACCUUCUUUGAUUGGCUUCGCUGAUGGCACCGGCGUAGUAUUUGUGAAGACAGAGACUGGAAGAGUGUUCUCCGUUGAGCUCGAGUCAGGCCGUUACCAGAAGACAUCGUUUCCGAGGUUCCAUAAUGGCGACCCCGGUCAAGAACCAAUAAUCAUACCUUACAUGAGCUUUUACACUCCAGAUCGCGCUAAAGGAAGAUCUCUCCAUUGCCCUAAGGAGGCAUGAUUCAUGCAUUAACAUCAACCUGCUGAUGUCAGUGUUCGCUUCUUGGAAACCUGAUGCUUCAACUGUUCUCUGAUUUCAUACCUCGGAGUGGAAAUAGACAUAGCAGAAGUUAGAUGGUUACUAAACGGCGAUGGUAGAGGCUUAUAAUAGUCAUGUGUUUUAUCAACUAUACCUUUUCGGGCCGUGGUGCAGAAAGAUUUACAUCGCCAUGAGGAGGCAGCAUGCAUGAAACCCGAAUCUUCCAAGUGUUUUUUUGUUUCUGUUUUCGGGCCGAGGAUUCAGUUACUUUGGUAGAUUGGUAUGUUUUAUUAUUUUAGUUGGACAGUUCUUACAAGAAAAGAGUAGGUAAUUACUGUCAAGGCAGCAAUGUUUGUUUCUACUGUAGCUGAUAAGCUCUAUGGCAUCAUGUCAUAUCUUAACUUCAUUGUCUCAUUUUAAACCCUUCUUCUAAUUUAGCA